GCGUAUGUCGACGGCAGCAGCGCCCUGCUCGCGAUCCAAGACUGGUGCAGCAACGACCCCAUUAAGAAGCAGGGAAGCUGCAAUGACGAUGUUCUUCACCGAUACCAUCUUGAGGAAGAAGUUCUGAGGUCUGAUAGGAGGGAAGGUUGCGUUUUGAAUCGAAUAUAAAUUCACUAAAGUGACUGGUGUAGAAUAGUAGCAGGACAGCGAGUGACAAUGAAGCAAUUGCAAAGAACGAAUGAACAGAGGAAACCAGUUCCUGUCUGAGGGAUAGCGAAUGAAUGAGAUAUGAUAAUUCAAGAGCUCGAUAGACUGUCCCAUUUAAAUACUCCCAGACAUCCGUGCCCCAACUCAUCUUUCCAUCACGAUGCGAAGUUCCAAACUCAAUGGCCGCUCGCCCAGCCGGCGUUCGCCAGGAAAUCUCCGGUUCUAGCCUGCGCGAGUUCAGCUUGGCAAGUAAGGCUUGCUAUGCAGCUUCUACGCUCCUUAUCUAUCAGCACAUCAAGAUCACAGCCUACAACCACCAAAGACUGCAACGCGACGUUGAGGAACUUUUGAAAGUCUUGCAUCGAGAGGACUCCACUUAUCACGUCCGGUGCAUCACAAUCAAAGGGAACCUGCGACUCGACGCCAAGGCCACAAACAAUGACAGCUUCGAACCUCAUUGGAAAACUUGCGGCCUUGGGGAGAUACUGGACGACCCGGAAUACGUCGACUGGAGCGGUAGGCAUGUGGUGUAUGACAAACCUGUCAUUAAGAAACUCUCUGAGGAGGACUUGGCAUGGGCGCCUGUAGUGAGCUUGCUACAAACAGUGCGUUACCUGAAGGACCUGAUCUACGACUGCCAAAGCCAAUUCCCGCCAAGUCUUCUCGAGAUUCUCGAAGAGCAACACCCUCAAUGCAGGCUACAUCACCUCACGUUUCGGUUUCGGACUUUACUCUGGGGCACUCCUUACCCGUACGAAAUGCAACUUGCCAAAUCUCCUGUACUUCAUGCCGUGAAGAUCACCUGCAGUCGGCGAGACACCGAUGGUGACGAUGACUACAACGCGGAGGCCAUAAUGGAGAUCGCUGGCAUGGCGCCCAACCUAAAAAAAGUCACUGUUCUGCAACUUCAACCUAUGUUAGCAAACAGAUUCAUACGCCCUCGACAACCGUGGCUGGGUCUCCCAGGCUACACGAAAAAGUGUAUCGGCAGUUUGACGUCGUUGUCACUCAAAGGAUAUCCGCACUUGGAGUCUCCGGAGCUGCUUCAGGACUGGACUAGACAUACAGACUUCUCCUGUCUGCAACACCUUACCCUUGGGAGCGACAACUCAAGUUACCCGAAGGGAUUAACCAGUGAAACCAUGGGAUGGUUAUCCCAGUCCCAGCCAUUUUCGCAACUCAGAACCCUUUGCGUGUAUCUUGACCGCGAUGAUAUGUACAUUGAAAGACCAGACUACAGUGCGAAUGCAGUCUCGUUCUUCCACGCGCUACCUCCGCUUCAAGAAAUAACUGUUCGGGGGCCAAUUGAUUCUUUGAUGGUAGAUGCUAUUGUGUCUCGUCACGGAUCAACGCUGAAGAAGCUCAGUAUUCAUACCUUUGAGAGGACAUACCACAACUGGGUCGACGCUCGAGUCGAUCGAGAAAUCCCCGUGGAGUUUACUCGAGAUCGUCUUCUUCAAAUCCAAGCUGAGUGCCCUGCACUAGAGGACCUUGCAGUUCCACUGUACAGGAUCUUCGCCACGAUGCACAAUUUGAGAUUUCUGUUUCUUACUCUGGACUGUUCGAAUUGGCAUGUCGGGCAUGACAGCACAUACGAUCCGCAUUUCGACGCAGACGACGAAAAACUCGUAGAUCCUGAUAAACCUCACUUGAAAAGGGUUGACGAGGUACUAGCACGCUCUAUCUGGAAAGUUCGCCUCAAAUUGUAUACUACUGGGGGUGGGGAUUAUGGCGGCAACAACCCGUCAAGCUUCAUCACCGGGCCCUUGGAUGUCUUGAGUCGAUCAUGGCUAAUCGAGCGCCCUGUACGAACCGAUCGACAAGAUGUCACUGUCAGAGAAUUAGGGAAACAUGAGAGGGAGGCCCGCUAUAGAUAUGCAACGCUGUUUGACGGAGAGCCUGAGAGGCUUUUCCAUGAUAUCUGGCCUCCCAAAGAAGGGAGUCGAGAUUGGAGGCACGAUUGGUCAAGUUAUCCUCUUCAGACCUGA